CAGUGAAGAAGAAAUGAAAGAUUCCCAGGAUGAAGAUUUUCCAGGAGGGACUUUGAGUUAAAGAAGGCUUCUUAUAUGUAACAAGUGUUGUCAGCUGUAAUGAAGAACACUGUGAGACAGAAGAUUGAAUAAAGCCUUGUAACAACUGGAUUAGAGGUUUAGAAAAGAAAGUUAAAAUUAGUCACUUUGGUUUUAGUGUUCCAAUUUCAUAAUAUUUAUUCUUUCUUUUAAAUAGAUUUAGGGAGUAGAAAUUAAAAUUCAGUGCUACACGAAAGGAUGCACUAAUAUUUGUUCUUUUUUUUUCCUUUUUGUAUGAGAGAAGGAGGUAGAUAACCAAGAGAUAUAGUGAUUCAUAAUGAAAUAUACUAAGUUAAAUUUUAUGAUGUCGGUUCUUGGCAUUAUAAUCUAUGUAACUGAUUUAAUUGUGGAUAUCUGGGUGUCUGUCAGGUUUUUCUCUGAGGGACAGUAUGUUUUCGGUAUUUUAACAGUAAGCUUUAUGCUCUUUGGAACACUUGUGGUCCAGUGUUUUAGUUAUUCUUGGUUCAAGGACGAUUUAAAGGAAUCAGGCCAAGAAAGUCAGCAUUGUUUUCUUCUACUUCAUUGCUUGCAAGGAGGAGUUUUUACAAGGUAUUGGUUUGCCUUGAAAAAGGGUUAUCAUGUGGCUUUCAAGUACACCAGCAAAACGGAUAACUUCGUGGAAGAACAAAUCGAUCCUCAUAAAGAAGUUAUAGAUAGGGUGACAGAUUUGAGCAUGCUCAGACUAUUUGAGACCUACCUGGAAGGCUGCCCACAACUUGCUCUUCAGCUCUACAUCCUUCUGGAACAUGGUCAAGAAAAUUUCACGCAGUAUGCAGCCAUCAUGGUCUCUUGCUGUGCUAUUUCUUGGUCGACUGUUGAUUAUCAAGUAGCUUUAAGAAAAUCCUUACCUGAUAAAAACCUCCUUAAUGGACCCUGUCCUAAACUCGUAUAUCUCUUUUACAAGUUGUUUACAUUAUUAUCUUGGAUGUUGAGUGUUGUGCUUCUUUUAUUCUUAAAUGUUAAGAUUGCUUUACUCCUGUUGUUAUUUCUUUGGUUUUUAGGUAUAUUGUGGGCAUUUAAAGAACAAACUGAUUUUUGUGCUUCCAUAAGUAUGGAAUUCAUAUACAGGAUUGUUGUUGGAUUCAUUCUUGUCUUUACAUUUUUUAAUAUUAAGGGACAGAAUACCAGAUGUCCAAUGUCUUGUUAUUAUAUUGUAAGGGUAUUGGCCACAUUGGGGAUAUUGAUUGUGUUCUGGUCUUACCCACUCUCUAUUUUUAAUUCAGACUAUUUUAUACCUGUCAGCAUCACUAUAGCUCUUACUCUGCUCCUUGGAAUUAUUUUUCUUAUUGUUUAUUAUGGGACUUUACACCCAAACAGAAGUGAAGAAACAAAACUGGAUGAGGUUGAUGGAAAACCAGUUCAAAGAGAUUGUAGAAUGAAGUAUUUCCUAAUGGAAUAAGGUAUUCACUUAAGAGAUAUGUUUUCUUAUUUUUUGUUUCAUUGGUUAGUAAAGAAAAAGUUUGUGUAUAUGUGUGUUAUGUCUUAUUUUGUGCCUUCUCUAAUUUGAGGGCAGUUCUAGUGCAUUAAUUAUGAAUGUUAGAGAGUAUAAUAAUGUUCUUAUUAUCUAAGUUAAUUUCUCAGUUGGUUUUGAAGAUCUUGGGUACUUAGAUAUAUUUGCCUAUGGCCUGGUAGAGUUGCCAUCUUGAGCCUGAA